UGCUUAUUCCUCCUUCUCCCUCCUCCUUCCCUCUUACUCCUACAUUCCUCCGUCUGCUUGACUGGAUUCCCCGUCUCCUCUCCACCUCAUCCUCCUCAGCCAGUGAGGCAUUCGCUCGCUGUGCUUGUACAUUAUUGUACCAUCCCAUCCCUUUCUUUCGCGAAUUCCGUUGAUUCGGUCAUUCUCCGCAUUGCUUCCAUUCCCUUUCUUCUUACGUGUAAUAAUUCCCAUUUUACCCUAAUUCUUUUUUCCAUCCCGUCAUUCUUGACCGUUCGAUCGUAAUCUACCCUUCACCAUGGGUCUCGCAUCGAAUGCCAUCUACUACACAUUUCAUCCCUCGGAAUUGAGGUCGAUUAUGCAAUGGAAGAUCUGGCACUCCCCGGUUCAUGAGCGCAAUGAGAAGAACGAGACCGAGACUGAGAAGGCCUGCUUCAAAUUCCUCGACCUGACCAGUCGGAGCUUCAGCGCCGUCAUCAAAGAGCUCCACCCCGAGCUCUUGAUGCCCGUCUGCGUCUUCUACCUCACACUUCGCGGGCUAGACACAAUUGAAGACGACACGUCGAUUCCUUUGGAAACAAAGGAACCUCUGCUGCGUGGCUUCAAGGACUUCCUGGAACAGGAUGGCUGGACCUUCAAUGGCAACCGCCCCGAGGAGAAGGACCGUGAGCUGCUGGUUCAGUUUCACAAUGUCAUCACCGAGUUCAAGAAGAUGAAACCCGCCUACCAGGCCAUCAUCAAGGACAUCACCGACAAGAUGGGCAACGGUAUGGCCGAUUACUGUCGCAAGGCGGCCUUUGAUGACGCCAGCGUGAUCACCGUCGAGGAAUACGACCUGUACUGCUACUACGUCGCUGGCUUGGUCGGUGAAGGACUGACGCGCCUCUUCGUCGAGGCCGAGUUUGGUAACCCUGCCCUGCUGGAACGCGCGCGUCUGCACAAGUCCAUGGGACUCUUCCUCCAAAAGACCAACAUCAUCCGAGACAUCCGAGAGGACGACGAUGAUGGACGUCGCUUCUGGCCCAAAGAGAUUUGGUCCAAGCACGUCACCAAGUUUGAAGACCUGUUCAAGCUUGAGCACCGCGAAGCUGCACUAAACUGCAGCUCCGAGAUGGUGUUGAAUGCUUUGGAACACGUCGAAGACUGCCUGUUCUACCUGGCUGGUCUGCGUGAGCAGAGUGUGUUCAACUUCUGCGCUAUUCCGCAAUCCAUGGCCAUUGCCACGCUGGAACUCUGCUUCCGCAACCCCGCGAUCUUCGAGCGUAACAUCAAGAUCACCAAGGGUGAGGCUUGCCAGCUGAUGUUUGAGUCCACGCAGAACCUGCGUAUUCUCUGUGCUGCCUUCCGCAAGUAUGCGCGCAAGAUUCACAAGAAGAACACUCCUAAGGACCCUAACUUCCUUAAGAUCAGCCUUGUUUGUGGUCGGAUUGAAAAAUGGAUCGAAACCAUCUUCCCCAGCCAAAAUGCCGAGGCUGCCAAGCGUCGUAUCACUGGCGAGCUGACGGAGGCGGAGAAGAAGCAGGCCGAGGAGCACGCGGAGACCCGUAAGGACAUGUACUUUAUGAUGGGUCUCAUGGUGGUGAUUGUGUUCAUCACCUCGAUUGUUAUGAUCUUCACUGCCUGGCUACUUGGUGCACGAUUCGACCUGGCGUGGCAGGAGCUGCGGUCCGGCAACUUUCGGCCACCCAGGGAAGUCCGCGCAAAGAAAGAGCUGUAAUGCAUUCUACGGAGUUAUGACUGAUUGAUCUACUAGCUGCGGGGCUUAUGUCUUAUACCUUCUGCCUACCCGCUUAUUUACUAUACUAAUUUAUUACCUUCUUCUUCCCUUCAUAGGUCUCUAUGGUUUUUGCAAGUCGAACUAGCACGGAUGUCAAAUUGCGAUCCAGUCUUUCCAUGACUGUGGUUGUGCCGAAGAAGUGCUGAUAUUGAGCGGAUUAUUCUGACCAGCGACGUACUAGAUUUGUGUCUUCCAACUUAAGUGUUGAGGUGGCAUACAUCCAUUGAGGACCUGGAACAUACGUAAUUCAGUAGUAAAUAUGAGUUGAAUAUAACCUUGAAUUCAAA